UAACAAAAUAACGCUGAAAACCGAUAAAAACCCUGAAAACCAUACAUUUCACACCUGAGCCUCAACUCUCGCGGCCCAGUACCAAACGACUCAUGGACCGGUACCGGUCCGAGGCCCGGGGGUUGCUUUAACAGACUGACAUGCAGCGCCACCUAAUGAUGACAGUGUAAUUGCAGCUGGAUUUUUCCCCAGCUUUCUUUCAGCUUUAUUUCAAGGAGUUUUACAAAACUUCUGAAUUCUGAAACUAAUAUAUUUCUACAAAUAAGGAUUGUUUUUAAUACUUGGAUGAAAAUCUUGUGUUUGAUGUUUUUAACCCAUGGGCAUCAUCAGGUGCUGUGUUCAGUUUCUUGAGAUGUUCUGCUUGGUCUUUACUGCAGCCACCUCCAGUUACUGGUUGAGAUCAGUUGACUUGUGUGGAGUUAUGUUAUAGUGUGAUUGUAUUAGCUUGCUGCAUUAAAUAGAUUAAUAAUAUUAUCUAGCUACAUUGUAGUAUGAGCGUAUUAUCUUAGGGUCAGGCCUUUGUGCACAGACAGCCUUCUGUGUGUAGCUGUAGGAGGAAAAUGGUCAGAGAGAGAGAACCGCAUUUACAGGAAAUGGUGCAGAAAAAGCAGCACUACCGGCUGUCUAACACAUCUGGAUAAGUAUAGAUAAAGAUAAGUAUAGAGUGGAAAGCAGAACUAGGUAGCGACGCUUAAUGUGCCUAAAGAGUUCAUUUAAAAGCCACCUGCAUAGAUAUAAAAUGAGGGCAUGUGCAGGGAAACAGAAGUUGGGGAGGAUAACCAUGCAAGGAGGUGUUUUUAGUGAAACUUCGCAUGAAUAAUGGGGCAACAACACAGAGUACUAAGCAUACAGGAAAAGCAGGUGUGAAAGAAGAAAUCUGGUAAGAAAUACUAUAUAAGUAACAGACUGAGGGAGCACCCCUUGGAUCUGCAGGAGGCUUCGCGCUGUGCACAUCUCCCAUGUACAUGGUGAAUAAAGGUUGGAUUGAAGCGUUCUGUCUCAAGUUGUGUCUUUUACCAGGUCAGAAUCCAAGAAUCGGGGAGGGACAGUCGGUCUGACACUUGCCUUGUUCCCUUCUUCUUUUGAAAACCUCUCGGAGGAUCUCAGAGCAGCCCUUCUGCCCUCGGUCUCAGACCACUUCGAAGAACUAGCUUCCCCUGCAGCCUUUUAUUUCUGUGACACAUAGGUUACACAAACACCCAUUGUUUGUGUUUGGGGGUGCAUUUGUGUGAUCUCCUGCUCACCAAAAGGGUCAUAAAGGCAGGAAGUUUACUAAACAAGAAAACAGAACCUUCACCUAGGAUGUGCCUAUAAUAAAACACUACAGCCUCCCCCACCAUUCAACAGACUGGGGAGGGAGGGAGAAACAAAGGAAUGUCUUUGAUGAACUAAGACUUACAAAUUUAAGUACAAUAAUGGCAACAUUUAACAAUUUGACUCCAACACUUUCAUGCUCUAAUUUCAGUUGUGAAGAAAAUAUAGGUAUAUAACAUUGGCAAAUCAUUGCAUUUUUAUUUAUAUUUUACUAAUAAAAAAAACUUGUUAUGCUUAAGAACUUGUGUGUAUGUACAGCAUGCAGAGUUUUUUGAAUUGGGUUUAUAAUUUGUUCCCGUUCCCUUAGUUGAAUCUAUAAAAAUGCCAACGAUGACGCACCUCGAUUGGCAAAAAUAGUAUUUUUGUACCAACAAGGAGAUUCCCAAAGAUUGAUUAGCCAACACACACACACACACACACACACACACACACACACACACACACACACACACACAGAGAGAGAGUGUGGGGAUCCCCCUCCCUACCAGGAGACAUCUCCCGUGUCUCCACCAUAACUCUGCAUGAGGUGGACAAACCAGCAUUGCCUUGAAACUUAAACUCCAUCUUGGGUUUUCAGGUGGUGUUUUUCUACAGUUGCAGCAUGCAGGAAGGUGUUUUAAGAAGAAGCCAGCUGCUGGAUUCUCUGAAGGCGUACCUGAGCAACAAGGGGAGGCUACAACCCAUAAUAGGCUUGGGCUGCAUUACAGAAUGUGUGAAGGCUGGUGCAUGGAGCACAGAAGCGCUGUACGUCUGUGGGGCGUGCAUGUGUUGCCUCAGUAAGGCUGACAUGCGUAACCACAUACUGGGAAGUCUCCACAGAUUCAACUACAUUAAAACCUGGCACCCUCAGUUGGUAUCUAAAUGGCAGGACAGCUCCGACCUGUCCAAGCUGGCGUGGCCGCUGAUGGAGAUGGCCAAGAAGCUUGAGGAAAAAGAGGGACCGGGAGACAUCCAGUUGUUAGAGGUUGAAGAUGGUGUAUACCGGAGGAUGGAAACAUCCAGUGAAAAUGACGCAGUAACUCUCAUAGGUUCCUUAAGAGAUGCACAGGGUGAAACUGAGAGUUAUCCAGAGACUAUAGCUUUGCAUUAUCCCACCGAAUCCCAGAGGACUGUAGUGUUUGCACAGAACCAGCCCACAUGGUCCAAGAAAUCCUUCAAGGCUGACACAAACUCAGAGCACAUCAGCAGCUUUCCUGAUGACUACACAGGAACCAAGACUCUCAUCGGUCUCGACUGUGUGGCCGAGUAUAGAAGUGAAGAUGGCUGCUCAUACUGUUUCUUAUGCCACUGCUGCCGCAUCAAAUCCAACAAGAAGGACAUCACUGAACACCUGACCAGCCCCUCACAUCUCAUCAACUACCUGAUGGAAACUCAUCCUGAGGAGGUGGAGGAGGUGAUUGCGGAGCUUAAAGACAAACCUCACCUUCUUCAUUCUCUGGCAAAGAAAGUGGAGCGAGAAACGGGCCGAGGAGAGUUGAAGGUAGUACAUGUUCCAGAAAACCUUUGUGUGCUACUCACUGGCAAAAGUUACCACUGGUGCAUAAAGAUGCUGCAAUGUGGAUGGAAAGGUGCUGACAUUAAAAAAAAGGGAAUAGCUGCCAAAGGGCUGAGCAUGAACCAGACAUCCGCUGAAGGCAUGCCAGAGAAAUGCACUUUAAUGAAGUCAAAGAGGAAGAAAAGAGUAAAAGCAAAGAGGAGGACUGGUUUUAAUGUCAGCCUGCCUAUUGCCGAAGGUUUAUUACUGCUGAAGAGGACGUCUUUCAGCAGGGACGGCCUCCCUCCGUCAGCUACAUCACCUCCCUUUAAUUUAGAUCUCACAUCCUCCCCAGGGUCAGAGAUUGUGGAGUUAGACUGUGAUGGUAUAUCAUCUGAAUUUAACCAUGCAGAAACCUCACCACUACAGCACAACCCCUGUGAUGGAGGUGCAGAGACUGGUGGGUACACGCCAGAAGGAAACUUUACAAUCCCCCAUUUUCAAAACAGAGAUGGUUGUGUCCGUGACGGUGUGCACUUCAGUCAGUCUGAAGACAUAACAGGGAGAAACGACUAUAUUUACUGGAAAAUAAGGGAGAACGGGCAUCAUGUCGGCCAAGAAAAGUCAGCCGAGAUAUCUUAUAAAAAGUGGGAAAAUGAAGAGAUGCAUAAUGAAGCAGUGUUUCCUGCUGUGCCAUCUUCCUCUAACUCUUCCUACGGACAUGGGGAGUGUUGGACUGAGCAGGGGUAUAAGCCAGCUGCAGAGGAUAAUGGAACAAGAGAGCAGGGUUUGAGAGAAGAGGCACACAAAGACCUCGGCAUAGACGCUGGUCCACAUUAUUACCAACAACACUUUCAGAAUCCGCACAUGCCGUGCGUUAAUGCAAGUCUUCAGACAGGCAGUGUAAGUGGGUAUCAUGAUGUGUGUGGUCAUCUGGGUCCUUAUAUAAAUAGUGCUGGUGUGAACAUGCUAACUCAACCAGUAGAUCCCUGUGUGUACAGCAGCAGCAUUGCACAGUACACAGCGCUCACCAAUGACUGUACACAGGCAGCUUCACACAAUUAUGGGAUACCGACUACAGCUUAUGAAGCCAGCCAAGGACAGCGUGGGUGGAUAUAUUACCCCAGCUACAACACUGGCCCUCUGGCAAACCCUGGCCAGCACUUUCUCCCUCCGGUCUGCAGCAGUGGUACGGCCUGGAGUCUAACACACUCUUAUGCCUUCAGCCAACCUUAUAAACCUCAGUGUGCUGCAUCCCACACUGAUCUGUAUUUCAGCUGAAUCAAAUCACAUUUGGAUGGUCCAGUGGGGGAUUUACUUGCAAUGUGACAUUUUUUUAUUAUAAUUCUGCUGAUUUCUGUAAUGAAUGGGAGCCUGCUGAUGGAGGUGCAGUUAUAUAAGCAGUGUCAGUAAUUUUUUUUUUUUUUUUUUUUGUCUGCUGGGACUUUUUGGUUUAAACUUUGUGGAGACUGAAAGUCAAAGAGCACCAAUGAGGUGAAACAGCACUCCUUAUCCACUAUUCUUUUAUUGUGUUUCGUUAUGUUUUGUUAUGAAGUUGUUCAGACUGGCUAUUUGUUUUCUGUUUUUGACCGUUACAGCAGUGUUUUUUUUUUUUUUUUUUAAAUCUACAUUUAUGCCUUUUUAACUCCAGAAAACAAGAGAAAUGUGUGAAACAUCACAUUAGGUUUAAGUGGAUUUACUGUAUUUUUUUUAGGAGAAAUAUUGAGAUAUGUUUGUGCUUUUUAAUUUUAUAAAACCAGUCAGUUUUUAAAACGGUUCUGACCCGUGCGGCUGAUUUUUUUUUUUUUUUUUUUUUUUGCACCAGUAGAGUUUGAACUUUAACCAAAUAUGUGACCAAAUAUUGUUUUCCUUGCAGGUUCAAACAAAAGAGUUUAUUGUUAUUUUUCCUUUCAAGCAGUCACUGUAAGUUAUGUAAUGUCCUGUGGUGUAAUACUCACAAGCUCGCUCAAAUUCAGCGAGGAAACACAAACUUUUUCCACUUAACGAUUAAUCCAGAUCACUGUAAAGAGCCAGUCUUACUGUAAAUAUUAAAAACAUGUUAAUGGU